AAUCAAACCACGAUCUCUUGGAUCAGAGGCUGAUGCUCAACCGCUGAGCCACACCGGCCGGGCUGUAUCAGUUCUUUCGGGUACAUACCCAGGAUGUACGUCCUUUGAGCUUUAUUAUUUAUUAUUUUUAGUUAAUCAAGUUUUUAAAAAAUUUGUAAGGAAGUAUUACAAAGCACACACGAAGGCAAAUGAUAGCAGGAUGACAGAUCUGGACAAUUUUUUUUUUAUUUUCCAGAUCCGGAGACGACAGGAAAAUGUCUACGUGGGAUGAAAAGACAGUCACCCGCAGGGCCAAGGUGGCGCCCGCCAGGAAGAUGAGCCGGUUCCUGAAGCACUUCACGGUCGUGGGGGACGACUACCACGCCUGGAACGUCAACUACAAGAAGUGGGAGAACGAGGAGGAGGAGGAGGAGGAAGAGCAGGAGGAGCAGCCGCCNGCCUCGGCCGAGGAGGGCAGGGCCGCCGAGCCCGCGGGCGCCCCCGACUCCGCACCCAGGCACCCCCGAGAGUUCAGGGCCACGCUGCGGAAGCUCUUCAGCUCCCACAGGUUUCAGGUCAUCAUCAUUUGCCUGGUUGUCCUGGACGCCCUCCUGGUGCUGGCCGAGCUCAUCCUGGACCUGAAGAUCAUCCAGCCCGACAAGAACAACUACGCCGCCCGGGUGUUCCACUGCAUGAGCAUUGCCAUCCUGGCCUUCUUUAUGAUAGAGGUCUUCUUUAAAAUCUUCGUUUUCCGCUUGGAGUUCUUCCACCACAAGUUCGAGAUCCUGGACUCUGUGGUCGUCGUGGUCUCCUUCGUCCUUGACAUUGUCCUCCUGUUCCGGGAGCAUGAGUUCGAGGCUCUUGGGCUGCUCAUUCUGCUCCGGCUGUGGCGGGUGGCCCGGAUCAUCAACGGCAUAAUUAUCUCGGUUAAGACACGUUCAGAACGGCAACUGUUGAGGUUGAAACAGAUAAAUCUACAGUUGGCCACCAAGAUCCAGCACCUUGAGUUCAGCUGCACUGAGAAGGAACAAGAAAUUGAAAGACUUAACAAGCUACUGAGACAGCAUGGACUUCUUGGGGAGGGGAAAUAGAGGCACCCCUGCUCCACUCCAAAGAGAAGACCUCGCCCCGCGGUUCGUGCCUGCGGACAUGACCGCCGCCUCUCCCAGGGCCGGGCUGUCUGCAGGACGGGUUUGGUGUGAUGCCUUUGCCUGCCCCCACCCAGAUGGGUUCUGGAGGGCCAGUCUUUGGAAGGCUCUGUCUCUGCCUUGGAGUGACUGAGAGCUUCCUGUCCCAUUCCCACCCGUCCUGGGUCACCAAUGUAUCAAACGCUGUUUUCUCAUGUUGAACACUUUACUCUUGCUUGAAAAUGUACAAUGAGGCUGGACAGUGACUAGCUGUAUAUAAAAUUUAAUCUCAUCAAAUGUACAGUUUUCACGUUCCGCAUGGAUACUGAGGCAGCCUUUCAUUUGAGCGCCCUGGAAGAAAACAAAAAGGAAGGUCCUUUAGCCAGCAGCCCGUUCGGGAAAGGCCUCUUCUGUCUCCAAGCUGUUCUGACCCGCUCGUCUUAGGGAGCAUGUCCUCGGGCCCAGCCCCUCCUCCGCGUCACACAGCUGCCGGUGGCUCCACCUGCUUCCGCCCCCUGGCAGCAGCUUUCCCGGUUACUGUACAAUUAGUGUAUAAAAUAAAUGCUCCCCUUCCUCCGGGCCCCCCGCUACAUUCUCUCCGGCUCAGCUGCUUGGAGCCGCUCUGUGGCACCCCACGCCAGCCCGCCAGCUGGAGAGCUAGCUAGCGGCAGUGCCUGGUGCAGAAAUGCCAGUCGGACCCAAGACUCCACUGUAAUUAACAUGACAUUUGGGGGAAGAUCCCCUCCUGAGGCCUUGUAUUCUCCUUCCAUGAUCUUAUACAACAGUUCGCUAUUUUUGUACUCAUUUCAAUGGGGCCUGAAAAGGAGAGAAAACCUGAACUAAAAACGAUGACUAUUUUAACAGUAACUCAUUAAAACAGGGAUGAGUAAAUAGAUAA